GUUCUUUCUUACAACCCAAGCUGACCCUUAACAUCAUCGAAGAGUCCCCCCCACGGAAAGAAAAAAAAAACCAGUAAAAAAAAACAAAAAACCCUCCCCUUUGCUCUUAAAGUCCCCUUCAUUCCAUUACAAAAAUGUCCGAACUCUGAUAUCCCUUCACUUAUCUUUCCACCACCACAAUUCCACCAGUUCCAAGCUUCUUUUCAAACAACAAAACCCCACAUGUCUUCCUUUUCGGUCCGUUUCUUUGCUCCACAACAGCCGUUACUGCCGUCCACAGCUUCCUCUUUCAAGCCCAAAACAUGGGUUAUGGCAGCUCCCACGACGGCGCCAGCGACUUCGGUGGAUGUCGACGGGGGGAGGUUGGAACCCCGAGUUGAAGAACGAGAGGGGUACUUCGUGUUGAAAGAGAAGUUCAGAGAUGGCAUCAACCCUCAAGAGAAAAUAAAGAUCGAGAAAGACCCUUUGAAGCUUUUCAUGGAAGCAGGGAUUGAUGAACUCGCUAAGAUGUCGUUCGAGGAUCUUGAUAAAGCUAAGGCUACAAAGGACGACAUUGAUGUUAGACUUAAAUGGCUCGGCUUGUUCCAUAGGAGAAAACAUCAAUAUGGGAGAUUUAUGAUGAGAUUAAAACUACCAAAUGGUGUAACAACAAGUGCACAAACACGGUACUUAGCCAGUGUGAUAAGGAAAUACGGCAAAGAAGGGUGUGCAGAUGUUACGACAAGGCAAAACUGGCAAAUCCGUGGAGUGGUGUUGCCUGAUGUGCCUGAAAUACUUAAGGGUCUCGACGAAGUAGGCUUGACGAGCCUACAGAGUGGCAUGGACAAUGUGAGGAACCCUGUUGGUAAUCCUCUUGCCGGCAUCGACCCCGAAGAGAUUGUCGAUACUCGACCUUACACCAACUUGUUAUCUCAGUUCAUCACCGCCAAUUCCCGCGGCAAUCCGGCUUUUGCCAACUUGCCUAGGAAAUGGAAUGUCUGUGUCGUGGGGUCUCAUGAUCUUUACGAACAUCCCCAUAUCAAUGAUCUCGCUUAUAUGCCGGCGACGAAAAACGGACGAUUUGGGUUUAAUUUGCUGGUUGGUGGGUUCUUUAGUGCCAAGAGAUGUGAUGAGGCCAUUCCUCUUGAUGCUUGGGUCUCAGCUGAUGAUGUGAUCCCAUUGUGCAAAGCUGUGUUAGAAGCCUAUAGGGAUCUUGGAUACAGGGGCAAUAGGCAAAAGACUAGAAUGAUGUGGCUGAUUGAUGAACUGGGUAUUGAAGUGUUCAGAUCAGAGGUAGCCAAAAGAAUGCCUCAGAAAGAGUUGGAGAGAGCAUCUGAUGAAGAUUUGGUUCAAAAGCAAUGGGAAAGGAGAGACUACCUUGGUGUCCAUCCGCAAAAGCAAGAAGGUUUCAGCUACAUCGGCAUUCACAUCCCAGUCGGUCGAGUCCAAGCCGACGACAUGGACGAACUAGCCCGGUUAGCCGACACGUAUGGCUCGGGCGAAUUCAGACUCACUGUGGAGCAAAACAUCAUAAUCCCCAACGUUGAGAACUCGAAACUAGAAGCAUUACUAAACGAGCCUCUAUUGAAAGACCGGUUUUCACCCCAACCAAGUAUUCUCAUGAAAGGGCUAGUAGCUUGUACUGGUAACCAGUUUUGCGGACAAGCAAUUAUUGAAACAAAAGCUAGAGCCUUGAAGGUGACGGAAGAGGUUGAAAGGCUAGUGUCGGUGAGCCGGCCGGUGAGGAUGCAUUGGACCGGUUGCCCCAACACGUGUGGUCAAGUCCAAGUGGCGGAUAUAGGUUUCAUGGGGUGCAUGGCAAGGGAUGAGAAUGGGAAACCAUGUGAAGGGGCAGACAUAUUCUUGGGAGGGAGAAUUGGGAGUGACUCACAUUUAGGAGAGCUUUAUAAGAAGGGUGUCCCUUGUAAGAACUUGGUACCUGUAGUUGCUGACAUUUUGGUGGAACACUUUGGAGCUGUCCCUAGGCAAAGGGAAGAAGGGGAAGAUUGAUUCAAAAUCAACUUCAUUUCAUUUCAUUACUUCUAUAUUUGUUUUAUUGUUUUUUUUUUCUAAUAACCAAGAAAAAUUAAGUGUUUGAAAGAUACUGGGGAGGAUUAAAUUUGGAGAAUAUUGAUCAAUGGCAUGAUGAUGAAGGGCUUUGUAUUACAAAAUAUGUAACAUUUUCAGCAUAUGUAUUAGAAUAAAGUUACUGGUAAUAUAUUUUCAGUUAAAAUUUAGAGA